CUACUGUUCGCUUUGUUUUCCUGGAAUUCUUCCUUCACUUUCUCCCACCCCCCCACUCCUCACCUACUAAAGCCCCCAGAUCACCACCAUACCGCUAACACCUCUCUCACCGACGCAGUGGACUCGAACUCAUGGAUCCAACUGACUCCUCGACGCAGGCACUACUUCGGCCGCCACCAGCAGGGGUCUUCCGCCAGCGUGCUGCCGGUCGGAGGCGCGGCAGCUUCACAGGCGACGUGGGUGAGGCGGCCCUUCGAAGAUGACGACGACCUGCAGCCUACAGAAGGCAAGAUUUAUCUCUCAGACUUCCAGGUAGAGAAGUUCACGUAUUACUUCACCGACGUGUUUGACCACAACAAGGACCGGGUCAUCACCAUCGAGGACAUACACGCUCUUAACGAGAGGAUGAGGCACUACGCUGGCUGGUCGGAGGAUAAUGAGUACUACUUGACUAUGAAGGAGAUUCACGCCGACUUCUUCGAGUGUCUCCUUGAACACGUGGGCAAGAUUGAACCAGAGUACGGCUUUGAGUUCGACGUAGAUCGCAUCCCAGACAGAGUGCAGAUGUACCAGUGGCUCAACAUGUGGGGCAACCUCGUGCACGGGGCGCGGGCCAUGGUCGACUUCCCUAUCUGGCUGCAAAUCCUGCCCAAAAUACUUUUCAAGGUUAUCAACAGGAGAGAUGACGGUAUUGUGUCCUACGAGGAACUGAGAAGCUUCUACGCGAUGUUCAUCAAGCUGCCCGAGGACCAGGUGGAGAACAUCACGGAGGAGGCGUACAGGGCCCUCACCUCGAGCGGAGACUUUCCCCUGACGGAGCGCGUGUACCUCAUGGCCUUCGCGAAUUUCCUGUUGGGGAAGACGCCACACGGGCCGGGCAAAUACAUCUUCGGUGGGUUCAAGGACAGCGAGGUGGGGCAGUUCCAGAUCGACUACUCCUGCCUUCUGGAUCCCAAGGAAGACUAAAAACACGCCACAAUUUUACAGGAAACUCUUCUAAACGUCCUUCACUCCGUAGUCUCCAGUCCCUGCCUUCCUCGCGUCACCUUCAGCAGUCUCUCUCCCCGUUUUCUUUAGCGUGUGAGGGACUUGUGUGUCGCCCUCCUGUUAAAUGGAAGGGAGGAAGGCGUCGGGGAGACUUAUCGUUAGUGAGAGUUCAAUGUCCAUCGGGGUGGUUUGUGAGAUCCUUUUUUUCACAUCUUUCCUCUCCCGGUGAUGGAGUGAAUCUGUGUCACCAUUUGCUCGCUCUGUCGUGUUAUUUUUUUUUUUUUCUCAUCUUUUGGCAGAAGCGUAAUCAUGUUGUCAUUUCAUCACCAUUGUAAAGUGGAAUGAGUAUUUUUUUUUUUUCUCUCUUUCUCUCUUUCUCUCUCCCUUCCUCCCUCACGCAUCAAGCUGUUUUUAUUACUGGUAUUAUUUGCUGUGUGCUCCAUUAUCGAAGCAGCGACCAUGAGCGAUUGGUUGGUCACGUGAUGUAAUAUUCAUGUGCAGCAAAUGGUGUAAAAAAAAUAAAUAAAGAGUGGUUGUAAAAGAUAAAGUAGAAUAAAUAAGGGGCCAAAACACACACACACACACACACACACACACACACGCACACGCACACACACACACACACACAUACACACACACACACACACACACACACUUCAACCACGACACUCAGCACCACCACCGUCAACAACACAACUUUGCACAACACUGUCGACAAACAAGCGACCACUAUACAAACUUUAGAGGAACUUCUGUGCAUAAUGAUGGACGCAUAAUACAUAAUGUAGUGGCUCCACCAGCUUCUCAAUAGUCACGUGUCACCUCAUCGUCUGUCAUUUCAUCAACCAUAUCGCGGAAGGAGACAGAAUUUUUCAUUAAUUUUCGCAUCGUGUCCUUCAGGCGACGGUAAGGCAAGGAAAUUUACUACAUACAAGCAACAUUACUUACCUGAUCGAACAAAUGGCUAAGGAAAUAAACAUGUGGAGACUAGAUGCAGAAAGAGUUUGUCAUUAAUUUCCGCAUCAUGUCCCUGGGGCGAUGAUAAGGCGAGACAAAAAACUUAUUUAUUACAUGCAUGCAAAAUAAACAUUAUAACCAAAUAGAAAAAAAAAUUAAGAACAGAGACAAUUAGAGACUAGAUCACCAUACUCGUAAAAGUCGAAAUUCUUGCGAGUGAACACAAAGAAAGGCGAGGAAAGCUAACAUGUUACAUACACGCAAAAUAAAUGAGACGACCAAGUAAAUAGAUGAGAAAAGAAAUCAAGAACGGAAACAAGUAGAGACUGUGUAUACUCGUAAACAUCAAAAAAAAAAAAAAAAAAAUCCUACGAGUAAACAGAAAAAAAGGCGAGGUAACAUAUGGCAUACAAACAAAAUAAACGAGACGAUCAAACAGACAGACAGACAAGGAAAGAAAUAAGAAGGAACAGGGAUAUGUCGUGACGCGCGUACUCGUAAACGUAAAAAAAUAAUUCCUUACGGGUGAUGCAGCAACAGAAAGAGGUCACGUUUACUGCGCGACAGGGAACUUAUUGUACCUAAUUCAUUGUGGUUAAUGAGACAUGUUGUAAUAACGGUGCAGUGCCGGAAGUCGUGGGAGUGUCACCUCGAGUACGAGACAGACCCGUCAAGUGUAUCGCACAGACCCGUCAAGUGUAUCGCAUCCUCUUACCGCCUCCUUGACCUCCCCCCCAUAAUAUUUUCUCUCUCUCUCUCUCUCUCUCUCUCUCUCUCUCUCUCUCUCUCUCUCUCUCUCUCUCUCAAGAUGUUCACUCAGCGUAGGAAUUCAGUGUGAAAGUGAAAAAGAAUUUUAGUUUUGCAAAGCAAAGGACUCAGGAGGGAGCGCUAAAAUUUAUUCAUCUGGAAUUGCACGUUAUGGAGUAAGUUUAAGUAGGAAAUUAUGUAAAAUAAAUUAAUAGAACAUGGAUCCAUUAAGGAAUUAUAUUUUUACCGGCAGCAUUAACUCCUUUAUUUUCAACAUUAGCAUAAAAUAUGGAAAGCGGUAAGCUGCCCGAAGGCUGUGGUGAGAUAAAAGUGUAAAAUUUAAUAAUUACGUAAAUACUGAACACCUACGGCAAACUGAAACAAAAUAGAGUGCAGUGAAAUACGUAGAAGCAUCCUAUUUUUAUUUUAAUUACAACUAAUGAGAGAUUAGAUUCACAGUGAUGUAAUUUUACUGAAGCAUAUAGUAAGAAUUAAUAAUGAAAGGUUAAGUUACGUGUAUUUAAAUUCAAGCUGUAUCUCUAUGCUUCACUUUUGAGCCCUGAGAGAAAAAAAAAUUAUAUUAUACCUAUACAGUAUGUUUAUUCUUCACCUUUACAUAUACUUCAUCUUUGACCACGGCAAAAAUAAAGAAAAAAUUUAUAAUCUAUGUUUGCUUUACACAUCUCCACUUCAUCUUUGAACAUUACAAGAACAAUUAUAUGGCACGCAUUUGUCUACAACCUCUGUAUUUCAUCUCUAAGCAUCCCCAACAUACGUCCUUCAUGAGAUUUAAAACACAUUAUGGAUUGGACCAACCUUCACUCCUCAUAUCCAACACCCUGCACUGCUCCCUGUUCUAGCCUACUCGUCAUCCCUACUGCCACCCAUCACCUCUCAGCAUCCACCUAUCACCAGCAUUCACCUUCACUCUUUAUCACUUCAUAUGACCCUCCCAUCACCAUCCAUCGCAACACAUACGGUGAAAUGACGGGUAUAUGUGUUACGGAUUGCAUGUAGUGGUAGUAGUAGUAGUAGUAGUAGUAGUAGUAGUAGUAGUAACAGUAGUAGUAGUAAACAUUUGAUAGUAGUUAUGGAUAAUGAUAGGUUGUAGUAGUGAUAGUAGUAGUAGUAGUAGUAGUAGUAGUAGUAGCAAUAAUAAUAAUAAUAAUAAUAAUAAUAAUAAUAAUAAUAAUAAUAAUAAUAAUAAUAAUAAUAAGGAAAAUCUGGAAAGGAAAUUAGCUCGCUUCAUUGUUUCGGUAUCUGUUGUCACAAUGUUUAUCUGCUUGUCUGACUGUCCUUUUGGCUGGUUUAUAAGCCUCUCUCUCUCUCUCUCUCUCUCUCUCUCUCUCUCUCUCUCUCUCUCUCUCUCUCUCUCUCUCUCUCUCUCUCUC